UCACCAUUUUCUAGAGGACUAUAAUUCUGUCAAAUGAGAAGGACAUCUUACACCAUGGAUGGAUUCUGCCUUCUCUACCUGCUCCUGAUCCUCUUGAUGAGAUCUGGUGACGUUGAAACCAAUCCAGGUCCUAACACUGCAGAAAGUACUGUCAGUGACAUGGAGUUCCUGAAGCUGGCCCAGGAUAUCCAACCAUCUUACUACGAUGCUGUAGGGACAUCUCUAGGGUUCUCCUAUGCUCAGCUAGAGAACAUCCUGAUUCAGAAGUCAAAUAGCCAUACCCAUGCAUUUUUUGACGUAUUCAUGAAAUGGAAUGUCGUGCAGCAACGUCCACACUUAAACAAACGACAGCUUUUGGCAGACAAACUACGAGAGAUUGGCUUGGAAGGCCUAUCGGACAGAUUGCUCAAUGAAUCUCCAUUUCCAAAUUACAGCACAGGUAAACAGAUACCAAUUCUUGCUACACCACAAGAUAUAGAAAACCAUGCAUAA